UUACAUUUAAAAUGGGUAAUGUAUGUUGUCAAGACGUUUCAAGAUUAUAGAAAGGUUAUUUUUUUCAUAGUAUAGUAGAUGAAAUAGAUACUUAACCUAAUCCUGAUUCUUCAAAGCCUCCAGAAUAAAAAAUCUCGCUGUCUUAAUAAGGAAGCAAAAAAUCAUAAGUAGAAGAAAUGCAAUCAUAAAUUGGUUAAAAAUAAUGUGAAUAUGUUUUGGAAAGUGAAGUACAUUAGGAACCUGAAUAGCAAUAGGUAUUAACUAUAAAAGAUGAAUAACCUAAAAAUAAUGAGAUUAUGUAAUCACAAAAAAUUACAAACGAAUAAAGUAGAAAUAAGUUAUUAUGUGUUUAGAUAAAAAGGAAGAUAUGAAUAAAAGUUUAGGAGGAAAUGGAGCAGGAUCAGUAGGUAAAAAAAUAAAAUUAGGGUUUGAUAUAUUUGUAAAAUUAAAAGAGGGAUCUAUAGGGUCUCAUUAUAAUUUUGGUAAGGUUUUAGGUUAAGGUGCUUUUGGUAAGGUAUGGAAAGUGACUCAUAAAACUACUGGGUUAAUAAGAGCAAUAAAAUAAAUAAAAAAAAGUUCAAUAAUAAAAGAGGAAGAGUAAAGAUUGUUUUCUGAGAUGAAUAUUUUAAAGAAUUUAGAUCAUCCUCAUAUAGUGAAAUUAUUUGAGUUAUUUUAGGAUGAGAAUAAUUAUUAUUUAGUAACUGAGUAAGUUGAUAAGAAUAUCUAGAUAUCUAUCAGGAGGAGAACUCUUCGAUCGUAUUAAAAAGAUGUCUUCAUUUAGUGAGAGUAUAGCUGCAGAUUAUAUUCGACAGAUUUUAUUGGCAACAUUACAUUGUCAUGAAUAAAAUAUAGUACAUAGAGAUUUGAAACCUGAAAAUAUUAUAUUUAUAAGCGAAGAUCCAUAAUCUUAAUUAAAAGUAAUAGAUUUUGGAACAUCUAGAAAAUUUGACAAUUAAAAAUAAAUGAGUAAAAGGUUGGGAACGGUAUUUGAAAAAAAUUCUAUUUAUAGCCAUAUUAUAUUGCUCCUGAAGUUCUUGGACAUUCUUAUUCUGAAAAAUGUGAUAUUUGGUCUUGUGGAGUGAUAUUAUAUAUAUUGUUAUGUGGAUACCCACCAUUUGUGGGGAAAUCUGAAAAUUAAAUAUUAGACAGAGUAAAAUUGGGAAAAUUCAGUUUUGAUCGUAAAUUAAAUGAGGUAAUUGAUAGCUGAUGAUUGGGAUACAGUUUCAAAUGAAGCAAAAGAAUUUAUAACAAAAUUACUAAGAAUGGAUCCAAAUAAAAGACUUUCUGCUAAAUAAGCAUUAGAAGAUCCAUGGCUUAUUAAAUAUGCACCAUCAACAUAAGUCAAUAAAAAAGUAUUAAAUAAUUUAAGAUAAUUUUAAGUAUAUUUAUAUAUAAUAUUUAUUGAUAGGCAGAAACUAUUUUAAAAUAAGCUUUAAUGUCUUAUAUGAUAACAUAAAUGUCUACUUAAAAAGAGAUUUAAGAUUUGUAAGAAGAAUUUUAGAGAUUAGAUGAAAAUAAUGAUGGUUUUUUAUCUAAAGAUGAAUUAUUGAAAGGGUAUCUUUAAAUCUAAACUGAUCAUAAAUUAGCAGAAGAUGAAGUUGAAAGAAUAUUAUAGAUGAUUGAUAUAAAUAGAUCAGGUUAAAUUGAUUUCUCAGAAUUUUGUAUGGCUGCUAUGAAUUAAGAGAAAUUAUUAUCUGUUUAAAGAGUUGAAUAAGCAUUUAAAAUCUUUGAUUAGGUUAAAAAUUAAUUAUAAUAUAGAAUGGAGAUGGUUAUAUAUCAAAAAAAGAAUUAGAAGCUAUAAUGGGAGAUUUAGGUGAUGAUGUUUGGAAUUAAAUAUUAACUGAUUGUGAUAAUAAUGGAGAUGGAUAAAUAUCAUAUGAAGAAUUUGUUAAGAUGCUAAAAAAUAAAAAACUUUGA